AAUCGCUAUGAUAAAUAAAUGUGGAGAGAGUGGAUCUCCCUGCCUUACUCCUCUAUUAACUUCAAAAUAUCUCACUUCACUGCACUAAAAGUGAAGUGGAAGAACGCCAUCUCGUGCUCAAACACCGUGGUUACGGGUGACGCAUAUUUUCUGGGAUUAAAUAAAAACACCUGAUAAAUUUCGGUAAAUCAUCACGGUCAUCAUGUUUGACGUAGCGCUAGCAGAAGCAGGGGCUCAAGUGCCUAUUUCAACGUCAAGUGAUGAAAAUUUUCCUCCCGAGAAUAUAAUUGAUGGCAAAUCAGAGACAUUCUGGGCCACCACGGGAUUGUUCCCACAGGAGUUCAUCAUCUCAUUUACGUCUUUGAUGUCACUGGAACAGAUUAAAAUCAACUGUUAUCAGGUGAAAGGUUUAGCCAUAGAACGCAGUGUGGAGAAUGAACCUGUCAACUUUGAGCAGUUUUGUGAAAAAGAUUUGGGUCCAUCCGAUGCUUCAUUACAAACAGAGGAAUUUCCUGGGGAGAAUUCAAGUGCAAGGCACCUCAAGUUCGUUAUUAAGUCUGGGUAUGACCACUUUGUCUUUGUAAAUAAAGUUUGUGUGAACGGCAUGGCAUCCAGGGAAUAAAUUGACUGUUUCGAAUACUACAAGCUCCUUCAGACACGAGGAAAAUGAUGUGAGACCAUCAUGUCUCUCAGAGAGAGGGUGACAUUACCAUUUAUCACUAUAAGAAUUCUUAUACAAAACUGGGCCCCGUCUAACAAAGAGUUGAGAUUGAUCUGAUGAAUCACAACUAUGGACGGCCAGCAACGUCAACAUCUAUUAUGCAUGUUUGUUCAAAAUAAUUUCAAACUAUGAUGUAUAUUCAUGCAUUUAUUGUUUUCUUGAAAAUUCACUGUGCUUCUCUUUGUUUACAAGCGACAUUGUGCAAAUUUUCUGUAGAAAAAAUUAUGACUCUGAUGGAUUUCCAUAGUUACAAUUGAUUGGAUCAAUCGUAACUCUUUGUAAGACUGGGCCCAGGAAUACCUUAACCCUAAACAGGCCAGGGGGGGUUGAAUCAACCCUCCCUCAACAUUUUCUGCAAUCAUUCCGCCGCACGAAAUUUUUUGACCGCGCCACUCGCAGAGUUUAUACUUGUAAGUCUCGCGCAUCUUUUGAGACCAAAUUUACGACGCCCGGGUACGCGGUUCUGAAAUUACGCAACAUUUUAUAAGUGCAUGUCAGACCAAAAAUUGUUCCAAAACGUGAUUUUGUGUACAAAGUCAAUGCAAAUUGAGUUUUCUCAUCUUAUUCAUAAAGAUAUGAUUAUUUUUACUUUAAACAGCUGAAAUCAAUUGAUUUUAGCAUAAUUUUCCUUAAAAAAGGUUAUGCAAUAAAUCUGGUGAAAAAACAAAGAAAAACAAAAGGUUGAAAAACAAAGAAAUACAUAAGAAAUUCAUAAAACAAUAAAAUACAUAAGAAAUUGAUUUCCAAACCAAAGUUUUUUUCAAUUGCGAUUGUUAAGAAUGCUACAAAGAAUAUCUUUACCAAAAAUUAGCAUUCUAGGAGCUUUAUUUAGUGAAUUAGAGCAAAAAGUAUGAUUUAUGCAUAAAUUAGCAUAAUUAAUUCAAAUAAAAUCAAAUCUCAUUAUUUUGGAAAAUUUUACCAUACAGCCUUGUAGAUUACAAAAUUUUUGCGGCGCUCGCACGAUCAGCGGCCGAGAUCUCAGGGGGGGGGGGUGAAUCAACCCCCCCCCCCCCCCCAGCCACAGAACAGCCAAAAAAGCCCGGCCUAGUUCGGGUUAAGGUCCACCUGUUUAUAAAGACCACAUGUUGGUUUCCCUAGAAUCAUUUUUCACAUUCUUUUGUCUGCCUUGGAUUAUGACAACCAUAUGCCUAGACCAAAAGCUUCAGUCUCUGUUUUGGUUGUUCCGCUGAACUGCGUUGGCUCCACUCAAUGGGGAUUAUAGUAAAAUGUCAGAAAUUGUUAAAUAAAUCCCCAGAAACGACGGUUAUUCCUGUCUGCUGCAGAGCUUUUGUGUAUGGUAUGGCUACCUCAGGUGGUCUUUAUAAACAGGCUUGACUUUAUACAUACUUAUGGAAAUAUCAUAUUGUUCAAUAUGUUGCCAAGCUUCACAUCAAAUUUGUCUGUAUAACUCAAGUACUCAAUUGAUGAAUGUCCUGGAUUGUAGAAGACGAAUGAGAAGGACAGCAUCAUAAAUAGUAUCCUUGAAAAUGAAUCAUCCUUGUUCGACUAUCAUCUGGAUCAGGGGCGGAUCCAGGAUUUUUCAAGCUAGAGGGGGGGGGGGGCUCAUUUUCCUGAGGAAAAAUUUGACAAGAAAAAAAGAAAAGAAAGGGUUUUAACCAAAAAUUAAGGGUUUUUCGUCGAGGAAAAAAUUGACAAGCAAAAGAAAAUAAAGGUCUUCACUUUCAAAAGGGGGAGGGCACACUUCUGUUUUAACAGCAUUUUUACAUUACAAAUUUUGAUUGUGCCUCUCAAAGGGGGGGGGGGGGGCAUGGGCCGGCUGUGCCCCCCUGGAUCCGCCAGUGAUCUGGAUAAAACCUCAAGUCAAUGCUACUAUGUGACUAUAAAGUGUAGCUUUGAGACACUUAUGGAUACAAAAUAAUGAAUUUAUAGGAAGAUUUUUUGUAGAUGAUUAUUCCUCGAGUUAUGUCAAAGACCACUUGUUUAUGUAAAUCCUCAAAUUGAAUGGAGUGGAUUUUAGAAAAUAGCAAAGGAAUUGAGUUUUUUCAAAGUAAGUCUCUGAAACAUUGAUAGUCUUUAUUACUACUUUAAUUUAUGAUCUUGAGUCUAGACUUCAUAAAGAUAUUCUUAUUGAAUCUUUGUAACUGUGCUAGUAGGCCUACUGAUUUAAUCACUGAGAAAAUAUUGUCGCAUGGAGUUGAUCCUGGGAACCGUUUCAUCAACAUUUUGUCCAAAAAGUCACAUCUGACAUCUUUCCUUGAUUCUGAGUGGCUGAGAAGUACUGCUACUAUGGUAACUGUCGGAUAAAAUGAGACUAGUCAGAUAAAACGUCUGACAAGUCCUUUCAUGAAAUGCUCCCUAGCUAGGUCAGGACAUAAUUUUUUUUUUUUGGGGGGGAGGCAUUGUGUAAAUUUCUUCAAGAUUUUCUGAUGAAAAAGUAUUUUGUUCCAAAAAAGGAUGCAGCUGUGUAAAAAAGAAAUAUGAGAAAAAAAAAGGUAUUCACACAAAAAGAUCGAAGGAGGUACUCUAAGAAAGAGCAGGCAUAAGACAAUUUGGGAUGAAAAGGUGGAAGAGGGUAUGUUCCCCAAGUAACCCCUUGAUCUGUUUUGGUCCAGUACAUUGACAUCAUUUUGAGUUUAUCAUGAAGACGGUAAACCACUUUGUUUUUUAGUUUGAAUAUUGGGUUUAAACAAGAAGUUUCUGGCAUGUAUUUUAUAAACUUCCCCCCAAAUCCAUGGUUUGAAUAUAUGCAUGUUAGAUUUUUUUUUCAAGUUUCAUUGCUCCUUGUAUGUAACCAUGGACCUGGAACAUUCUAAACAAUUUAAUGUUCAUUUGAAAUGACCUUUGUUUGAUUUUUUAUUCUCUUUUAUACAAACAUAAUACUUAGUACUAGGGUUACUGUUCCAAAUACAUGUUGGUAAUUUCUAUAGAUUUUGUUCUCUUCAAAUUGAUCACAUUGUGUUGUACAUAGGUGUUCUAGCUAAAGUGUAUAUAUUGUAUGAAAUAAAGAAUAUAUGUAAUGUGUUUGUAUAGAUUA